AUGCAAUUCACGAACCUCAGCGUCGCUCUCUUCGCCCUGCUUGCUGUAGGGGCAUCUGCCGCAACUCACAGGGUUGAGGUUGGCAAGGGUGGACUCAAAUACACCCCCGAUACCAUUAAUGCUGCCAAGGGAGACAUCAUCGAGUUUCAUUUUGACUCCAUGCACACGGUUGUUGCCGGCGACUUCAACAAGCCAUGUACUCCAGCUACCAGUGGAGGAUUCUAUUCUGGUGAUCUUCCUGCGAGUGGAAACUCAUUUUUCUCAAUCACUGUCAACAACACUGAUCCCAUCUUCUUCUACUGCGUCAUUGAAGGCCAUUGCCAGGCCGGAAUGGCUGGUGUUAUCAACCAGGGCUCCGACACGCUCAAAGAGUAUCAGAGCGCUGCAGCAAACACUGACAAGAGCACCAGCCCAAAGGCUGCGUUUGGUGGCACCGUCAGCAGCAAAUCCAUCACCGAGUCCACAUCUACCACGACGACCACCGCCUCUGAGUCGUCAAGCACCGUGUCCGCAUCUAUCACGACGACCACCGCCUCUGAGUCGCCAAGCACCGGGACCUCGACUACCUCGAGCCCAGCUGCAGUCUCCCCAAGCAGUGUCCCGGCGGCCGCUCCACAGCUGACUGGCCCAAUCGUCUGCGUAUCGCUCUUCGCUCUGAUUUUUGGCGCUAUGCUGGCAUUUUGA